UGCUUCUUCGUCGUGAUGCCUCACGCGCCGCCAUCGCCGCCGCCUCUCGCUGGCAGUGCCGUGCCCUCGAGCCCGUCCAGCGCCGUCGUUCCCCCCGACCUUCGUUGUCGCUACGCGUACAAAGAGUGCAAAUUCCCGCGAUCCCAGCGAAAGAACGGCAAGCUCCAUUCACUCUGCGAAGCCCAUCGGCGCAAAGCCAACUCGGUGCAAAAGCUCUAUGCGAUGAAGCGACGAAAUACUCACGUCCUUAACUCCACACGACCUCGACCACCGGCGACAACCCGCCCGACCAUGACCAUGUCGCUGCCAUCGACACUCGUCCACGUGAAACGAGAUGCCGCACACCACCCCUAUCGCCCCACCUACUACCACCCGUGCCCCCACUACGACCGCCUAGAAGAUGACACGUACUUGCGGUUGAUGGAGAUCAAGCGCCGCAUUCACGACGCAUGGGAACGGAGGACGUCGCCGCAUCCAGUGUGCGACUAUCACAGCUCGACCCCCACAUCCACCUUUUCUUAUGAACCACCGUCCUUGUACGCAGCGCAGUAUUGAGCGAUGCCGCCGUCGUCCACCUACUUAAUUCAGCUCCAAAUUGCCGCUUUCCUUCUGCUGAAUUUCCUGGACCGCUUGUGGCAAGCAGCGGUUGUCUCGUUUCGCUUGAUUUGUACUAACGAGAGCCAAAUUGUACUAGAAUUUGGACGAAUUGUAGUUAGUACAACGUACUAGUAGUAGCAACAUCCUAGUAGUAGUAGCCAAUCCAC